AGUGAGCUGGAGAGGAGGAGUUAAUCAGCUCUAUUCGGACCUCUGACACAACGUCUCUCUCUUCUGCACACCAACUUGGAGGUGCAAGUCUGUCUUUCUCCUCCACCUACUUCAUCUCGACUACGGUCUUGGCUGUGACCCAUUAUUACAGUCAUGGCACCCAAAAAGAACAAGGCCGCUAAGAAGAACAAAGCUGACAUAAAUGAGAUAACAAUUCUGGUAGAGGACAGUCCCACCAACAAAAUCAAUGGGCUCAACACUCUCCUGGAAAGCGGAAAUGGUUUUAGUUGUAUCUCAACCGAGGUCACUGACCCUGUCUAUGCACCUAACCUCUUGGAGGGUCUUGGCCACAUGAGGCAAGAUAGUUUCCUCUGUGAUCUGACUGUAGCAACCAAGUCCAAAUCCUUUGACGUUCACAAGGUUGUGAUGGCUUCCUGCAGUGAGUACAUCCAAAACAUGCUCAGGAAGGAUCCAGCCCUCAAGAAGAUUGAGCUCAGUGAGUUGUCCCCAGUUGGUCUGGCUACAGUCAUCACUUAUGCCUAUUCUGGAAAACUGACCCUGUCUUUGUACACCAUUGGUAGCACGAUAUCAGCAGCCAUGCUGCUGCAGAUCCAUUCUCUGGUGAAGAUGUGCAGUGACUUCUUGAUGCGGGAGAUCAGCGUGGAAAAUUGCAUGUAUGUUGUCAACAUUACUGACACAUACAAUCUGAAAGAGACGAAAGAGGCUGCGCAGAAGUUCAUGCGGGAGAACUUCAUCGAAUUCUCAGAAAUGGAACAGUUCCUAAAGCUCACCUAUGAGCAGAUCAGUGAAUUUCUUACAGAUGACUCGCUUCAGUUGCCCUCUGAGCUCACAGCUUUCCAGAUCGCAAUAAAGUGGUUAGACUUUGAUGAGAAGAGGCUGAAGUAUGCUCCUGAUCUGCUGUCCAGCAUCCGCUUUGGAACCAUCUCACCCCAGGACCUUGUUAGUCAUGUGCAGAUCGUUCCCAGGAUGAUGCAAGAUGCUGAGUGUCACCGUCUGUUGGUUGAUGCCAUGAAUUAUCACCUGCUGCCAUUCCAGCAGAACAUCCUGCAAUCCAGAAGAACCAAGGUCCGUGGUGGCCAACGAGUGCUGCUCACAGUGGGUGGGCGUCCUGCCCUAACCGAAAAAUCUCUCAGCAAGGACAUUCUCUACAGAGAUGAUGACAGUGUCUGGAACAAGCUGACUGAGAUGCCUGCGAAGAGCUUCAAUCAGUGUGUGGCUGUUUUGGAUGGCUUCCUUUACGUUGCUGGUGGUGAAGACCAGAAUGAUGCUAGGAACCAAGCAAAACAUGCUGUCAGCAAUUUUAUAAGAUAUGACCCCCGAUUCAACACGUGGAUCCACCUGGCAAACAUGAUUCAAAAGCGCACUCAUUUCAGCCUCAACACCUUCAACGGUCUCCUGUUCGCUGUAGGAGGGCGUAAUUCUGAUGGCUGCCAGGCAUCUGUCGAGUGCUACGUCCCAUCCUCUAACCAAUGGCAAAUGAAAUCACCAAUGGAAGUCCCUAGAUGUUGCCAUGCCAGCACAGUUAUUGAUGGCAAGAUCUUGAUUAGCGGUGGUUACAUUAACAACGCCUACUCUCGUGCUGUAUGUUCUUAUGACCCAUCCACCGAUAGCUGGCAGGACAAGAACAGCCUGAGCACCCCGAGAGGAUGGCACUGUUCAGUGACCGUUGGAGACCGUGCCUAUGUUCUCGGCGGCAGCCAACUGGGUGGACGUGGAGAGAGGGUGGACGUCUUGCCAGUUGAAUGUUACAACCCUCACUCCGGCCAGUGGAGCUACGUCGCCCCCUUGCUGACUGGAGUGAGCACGGCUGGUGCUUCCACCUUGAAUAAUAAGAUUUACCUCCUGGGUGGCUGGAAUGAGAUCGAGAAGAAGUACAAGAAAUGUAUUCAGGUGUUUAACCCCGAUAUUAACGAAUGGACUGAGGAUGACGAAUUGCCAGAGGCAACGGUUGGUAUCUCAUGUUGCGUUGUCACCAUCCCCACACGCAAAACACGCGAGUCGAGGGCCAGCUCUGUAUCGUCCGCACCGAUUAGUAUAUAAGCAGCGACGGAAUAGCCGGCAAAAGUAGAGUUGCUAAAUGUAAUUGAGUAAACAUUUUUAUCUUACUGUUUGUUCAAAAUCAACUUUUCUCACAGAUGCCAAAAUGUAUUGUCAGUUCGUGGCAACCUUGGAAAUGUUGGAUAUCAUAUCACAACAAAAAAUGACGAAGUUGAAUUAUGCAUACACAUUAACAUUUAUUUCUAUAAGCCAACAUUGUUUAAAAUUUAAGCAAUCUAAAAAAAACAACUAAAGAUAAAUGCAUUUCAAAGAUGGUUCCUAGGUUGUGAGAACAGGAAAAGUGAGAGAGAUUUAUAGAUUUAUGGAGGUUUAUGGAAAAGGAAAUGCAUACAAACAAUACAGGUUACAGUCAUAAUUUUAAUUGGGAAAUUAUUUUCCAAUUGGGGCCAAUUCUACGGUUAUGAUUUGAUUAGUCCCUUAAUGUGCAAAAUGGGGUAAUUGCUACAUUGCAAACUGUCCACAUAUAUUAGACAUUGUCCUCUGAUCACCAAACAAUGAAAAACCUUUAAAAAUGCCUGCAGAUAUUUAUUACAUCAUUUUUUUCCAAUGAUGCCAUUCUUAUUGCACUGUAGGCAUGUGAGCUUGUAAUUCAUAUUUAUUUAGAAUAAUACAAAAGGAAGCACAGAUUCCAUGAGGAAGACCGGUUUUAACAUUUCACCUACAACUACACUUAGGAGUAGGUGUUCAUACAACCAGGCAGUUUAUGUAAUCAUGUAAGACACCAACAAAGUGCUGCUGGCUCUUGGAAAAUCAAGCAAGUUAAUUAUAAGCAGGGUUGCUGGCAGGAGGGAUUACUGAGAACAACCUCCUUAGAUCUAAAUCAUUAAGCCACACAGGGAGAAGUGCACAUGUCCCCGGCCCUGUAGGAUUUUAGUCGUGACCCUGUUUGACUCAUUAUACACUGAAAAAGAAAAAGAAAAAAAAAGACACUAUUGUGUUGUGGGUGGUGAUGUGAAGAACACUGAAUAGGACAUAAAAGGAUUUACUGUGGUGACAUAUUUUGUAAACCUAGAGAAUAAAUAAUUGUGAAAAAAGGUUUGGCCUGAACCAUGUAGACAAGUAUAAAAUAUGCUCUGUUUCCUGAUGGUUCAUGAUUUUUAAUAUUUUGGUUAGAAAACAUUGUAAGAUAGGGGGAGAAAAGUGACAUCUGGACACACUUCUGAUUUAUUACUUUAAUAAGGUAUUGCUUAUUUAAGGUAAAUCAAUGGAUUGUUCACAAUAUGCAUACUGUGAUACAUGUUGUCAGAUAAUAAAGCUCUACAUAUUUAUUAAAGCUUCUUAAGAAAUGUU